AUGAGAUGGUUGAAGAAGGCUGAUUUCAGGAAAGUUGCACCUCCCCUCGCUGAUUCUCAAAGAAGAAUAGACGCCAUUAGACUCCUUCCAGAGGCAGAGAGAAGUUUCAACCCAUCUCCACCAACUCCAAGCCCUCUUUCAAGCGCAAACAUGUCUGAUUCCAGCAAAGUUCCAGUCUAUCUAGACCUCGACGAACUCGACAGCUAUCCAACUCCAACCAUAGUCAAGAAGGAGGCUCCUGCUGCCACCAGCUCCAAGCCACUCCCAGCUCCCAAGGCCAACCCAAGGACUCGUGCUUCCGCAGCGAAAAAAAGGAAGGGCCUUGAGGUCAGUGCUCCAAGCUCAGGAGGGUUCUCCUAUGACGAUCUCAGCUUUACCGAUUCCUUAGAGCCAAUGACAUCCUUCCUUAACAAGGGCCUCCAGCAUUUGCUCCACUUGUACAAUGAUGCAUGUGGUACCGUCGCACUUCAUGAAGCCAGGAUCAAGCAGCUUGAAACUACUGUUGCCGACCAAGGUGCCAUUGCUGAAGCGAAGAGUCGGCACUAUGAGGAUAAGCUAAAAAAGGUCACUCAGGAUGCCGAGCUCAAAUUGGCCACCAUGCAAAUGGAUCAUGAUCAGGCCAUGAUCAAUUUCCGGGAAGGAAUCAAGACUUCUGCCAUUUUGAAGGAGCUUGGAGGCAAAACUGUGCCACUCCCAUCUGAAGCCGGUGAAUCUUCCAAGUCAGCGGAGGUGGCAGAUCAGGCUGGAGACAAGAAGGAUGCCGGAGCGGAUGCUGCUGAGGAUGCUGGACAGGAUGCUGGUGAGGAUGCUGAACAUAUUAUAAAUGUAUCCCGGUAA